UUAUUAUCUAAUGCCUAUUAUAAUACUUUCUCAUAAAUGUGUGGGAUAGAACCCAUAUUUCUGUGUUUUUACACAAAUGAAAGCAUUUCGAAGAGAGCGGGGGAAAAAAGGAAAAAGAAAAGUGAGCGCACGCAGAUGUGCAUGCUCACAGCCCACCGCUGGAGUAGGAGGGGAUCUGGGCGGGUCCCAACAUCAGGAUGACAAGACCUCCAGCUUCCAAUGCGCCGAUGGCAACAGAUAAGUAAAAAGUGAGCUCCUCGGACGCACGACGACACACCAAGCGAAGUGGAAAGCGGCUCUUGUUCUGCUCCUUGUGUCACAGCGGACGUUGCGCUCCAGACUGCAGCGGGACUGAACCAGAACCGAACAGUUCAGAAGGAAGACGCGCGCUUUUUUUCUUCUUUUGCCUUUGGUCGUUGUUUUUUUUUUUUUUUUAAUUCUCCUAUGUUGGCGAAGUAUUAUCAAACUGUUUAGWGUUCAACGGGCGGAGAGCUGAUUUCUUUGUCAUUUCCGAGACUAAAUCUAGUCAAUCUAAUGACGGCAGAGGUCCAGCAGCCCCCCGCGCAGACUCCUGCUCAGAGCAGCCCCAUGUCUGCUCCGGAGAAGCCGCACGGACAGACGGUGGUGAUGGAAACCGCUUCCUCCACGACGAAAACCAAAAAAACCAACGCGGGGAUCCGACGACCAGAGAAGCCCCCUUACUCCUACAUAGCCCUGAUAGUCAUGGCGAUCCAGAGCUCUCCGACCAAGCGCUUGACUUUGAGUGAAAUCUACCAGUUCCUGCAAAGUCGCUUCCCGUUUUUCAGGGGCUCAUAUCAGGGAUGGAAGAACUCCGUGCGUCACAACUUGUCCCUGAACGAGUGCUUCAUCAAGCUGCCCAAAGGCCUCGGUCGACCAGGGAAGGGCCACUACUGGACUAUCGACCCGGCCAGUGAGUUCAUGUUCGAGGAAGGCUCCUUUAGAAGGAGGCCCCGGGGCUUCAGGCGCAAGUGCCAGGCCCUGAAGCCCAUGUACAGCAUGAUGAACGGCCUGGGAUUCAACCACAUCCCCGAGUCCUACAACUUCCAGGGCAGCGGCGGGGGUCUGUCCUGCCCGCCCAACACUUUGUCUCUGGACAGUGGGAUCGGGAUGAUGAAUGGACACCUGGCCGGUAACAUGGACGGGAUGGCUCUGUCCGGUCACUCCAUGUCCCACUUGUCCGCGAACGGCGGACAUUCCUACAUGGGGAGCUGCACGGGAUCCACCGGGAGCGAUUAUCCCCACCACGACAACUCCGCCUCCCCUCUGCUCACCAGCGGGGGAGUCAUGGAGCCUCACCCCGUCUACUCGAGCUCAGCCUCGGCCUGGGCCCCGGCCCCCUCGGCCUCACUCAACAACGGGGCUUCUUACAUCAAACAGCAGCCUUUGUCCCCCUGCAACCCAGGAGCCAACAGCCUGCAGCCCAGUUUGCCCACACACUCACUGGACCAGUCGUACCUGCACCAGAACGGCCACAGCACAGACUUACAAGGUAUCCCUCGGUACCACUCCCAGUCCCCCAGCAUGUGCGACCGAAAGGAGUUCGUGUUCUCCUUUAACGCCAUGACGUCCUCGGCCAUGCACUCAUCGAGCAACGGCUCCUACUACCACCACCAGCAGGUCUCCUACCAGGACAUCAAGCCCUGCGUCAUGUGAUCCACAUGACCCAAACACCUGCCGAGGUGUCACACAGGACCCGAGCCGGGCCGCGGGACGAACUAAUGUGAGAAUCAAAACUGACCGCUGAGUUCUGCACAGCCCGACCGGACCCGGCUCGGCUCGGCUCGGCUCGGCCCGGCCCGGCCCGGCCCGGCACGGGGAAAGAGAGCGCAUCGCUCCCAGUCAGAACCCGGACCUCGUCUGUGUGUUUUACGCACAGACACGGAGACAAGGACAACCACAACAACAAACCUGAUAUUAAUAAUAUAUGAUAAUACAAACUUUUUAAAGCUUUCAACAUUGAGCAGCGGAGUAAAAAAAAAAAAAAUAAUUAAAAAAAAAAACUGACUGGAAACCCAGCUGCUGUUUGGUACUUUAGUCCUGCAGAGCAGAUGACUUCUUUCACAGUUUUCAUGUUAAUUCAUCCAAAAUACGCGCACGUCCUUUUGUCUAUUAUCUUUUUACAAUAUUUUCCUUGUUGUUGAUGAUUAAAACCAAAGUUCUCUUUUUUUGAACUAUCAAUCGAAGUCAAAUUCUGAAAUAUWCUUCUGAACAUUAUUAUUUAGGCCAAAAUACUGUGUACAGAAAAUAUGGCACUUUUUAAAAAAUAUAAGCGCAAGUGUUGUUUUAUUUAUUCCGUAGGAUUAGAUUUUAAUUUCAGGCGAAUUGGCCAAGAAGUUACAUGCUUUAUUGGCAAUAUUUGUCAGAAUGCUUAUGAUUUGUGUAAAAAAAAAAAAUGUAAGCACUGUGUUCUUUGUAUGAAGACCUUUUUUUUUCCAGCACAGUAUUCUGGAUAUAUAAAUAAGGGGGGCUGUUAAGCUCAAUAAAUCACUAAAACAGAACUAUUUGAAUUUUAUGCAUAUCUGAAAACAAAACAAAAAAUAAUAAAAAUAAAAAUAAUAAUUAAUAAAAGCAACACUAGAUUUUUUUAAAAAAAGGAGAUUGGGUCUGUUUUGUUUAAUAARUAUCACAGCAGUAAUAAUAAACUUUGCAUUUCAGUUAGUUCGACUCAGGUAUUAACUGRACCAAAUUCAACUUAAAAGCACACAAGUAAUGCCUGAUAUUGUAAUUUAUAUCUACAAGAUUUUUUUCUAUAAUUGCAUUUACUGAUUUAUAAUAAAAAAUUUUGAAAAAGUGAGUAACGAAAAUGGAUGGAUGGAAAAUGCCUUUUUUAAAGUUUAGUGUUAUUAUGGCUACCAACAAAUGUGUGCAGAAAUUAUUGCCAAAUAAAUCAGAAUCAGGUCUUACUUGUAAUCUGAAUGCAGUUUGUUCUGCUGUUUUCCUAUUUAACAAAAAAAUAAAYAAAAUAAAAUAAUUGGACCAGAAAUAUUUUUAUGUUUUUAAUAUAGACCAGAAGUAAAUAUAAUAAAAGAUGCUGAUUUGAAGAAUUCCAGUUGUUUUCAGGAACAUUAGAGAAUGUGUUGAAAAUUUUUAACAAGAACAUAAGGAAGAUCUGUUUUACUCAUUUUAAAAUGCCUCAUUUUGUACAGCAAUCACUAUUAAUUAAAGUMUAAAAUUAAUA